AUGUCUGCGUCUGAAGCGGAGAAGAAGGUGGAGGAAGAGAAGGAGGAGGUCAAAGGGGGAGAACUCUUGUUCUGCGGUGCCACGGGUUGGGAUAUCAUUGGCCGGCGCAGGGGCGCCAUCGACGGUAACCUUGUCUCUCCCUCGCGCCUCCGUCCUCUCGUUGGUGUUAAUAUUCGUUUCGUCGCCUCCGGUUGCGUGUGUUACGUCGGUGAGAAUGCAGUUUCUUGUCAUUGUGUGGCAUUGGACGUUGAAGGGCGCUGCUAUACUUGGGGACGGAAUGAGAAAGGGCAACUGGGUCAUGGAGAUAUGAUUCAACGUGAUAGACCAACUGUUGUGUCUGAACUUUCCAAAAUAUAUGCUCAGUUUUCUGUAGGGUAUGGUAUUCGUCUGGGUUCUGGGGUUGUUGAUGAUUGUGUAGCAGUACUUUGGAAGAAUGCCAUGUGUACAACUAUUGUAUACAAAAUUGUCAAAGCUGGAGCAGGGAGGAGCCAUACCGUGGUUGUUACUGAGGAUGGAAAUUCCCUGGCCUUUGGAUGGAACAAACAUGGACAGCUUGGUUCGGGGUCUGUGAGAAAUGAAAUUGAGUCAUCACCUGUUCGCUGUCUUGUGUCUGAAGUAAAACAUACUGCUUGUGGCGGUGACUUUACUGUGUGGUUAUCUUCCAUUGAAGGAGUUUCUAUACUAACUGGAGGGCUUCCACAGUAUGGACAGCUUGGGCAUGGAACUGAUAACGAGUAUAAUUCCAAAGACAGCUCUGUGAAGUUGGUUUAUGAACCCCAGCCACGCCCUCGAGCAAUUGCUGCUCUUGCUGGGGAAACUAUUGUCAAAGUGGCAUGUGGAACGAAUCAUACAGUGGCGGUGGAUAAGAAUGGCUUUGUCUACACGUGGGGUUUUGGUGGUUAUGGAAGGCUAGGACAUAGGGAGCAGAAGGAUGAGUGGGUCCCACGCCGUGUUGAUGUUUUUCAGAAUAGAAAUCUUUUGCCGCCUGAUGCUAUUAUUUCAGCUGGUGCUGUGAGUUCUUCAUGUACUGCAGGUGGUGGGCAGUUGUAUAUGUGGGGCAAAUUAAAGAACACCGGUGAUGACUGGAUGUAUCCAAAGCCUCUGAUGGAUUUAAGUGGGUGGAAUAUACGAUGCAUGGAUUCAGGCAAUAUGCAUCAUUUUGUUGGGGCUGAUUCCUCUUGCAUAAGUUGGGGACAUGCUCAGAAUGGAGAGCUGGGAUAUGGACCUGCUGGACAGAAGUCUUCAGCUGUACCCAAGAAAGUGGAUAUACUUGAGGGUAUGCAUGUAAUAAGUGUUGCUUGUGGUAUGGGCCAUUCCAUGGUUAUUGUUGAUAGAGCAAAUGUUGCUGAUCGGCUUGAUCAGCUUGAUAUUUAUGAUGGGAAAGCUGUUGGAGAAGGUAACGAGGCUGUAAAUAUUACUCCAGUUCCUAAGCAGGCUGCAAAAAAGGGUGCAAAGGCUGCUGACAAUUCUAAGAAGAGGAAAAAGUCAAAAGAUUCAUCCGAGUCAGAAGAGGAAGAGGAUGCUGAAGAAAGUGAAGAUAGCGAGGAGGAUGAAAUUAAUGGUGAGGCUGAGGUGAAACGAUCCCGUGGUUCUGGUAGAGGCCGAGGUAAGGCAUCCAAAACAUCUGGUGCCAAGGGAAAGGGCUCGGCUGCGAAGGGAAAAGGCUCAGCGGCCAAGGAAAAAGGUGGUGGUGGCCAAGGACGGGGUGGGACUUCAGCUAAUAAGAACAGUUCUAAAUCCCCUCAGAAGAAGCAUAAGAGAGGGUUAUGCGGUCACGAGUUCACGAGAUUGCUUGCAAAGGAAGAUAAUGUAAAACAAAGAUGGAAGGUUAUAGGUUUCAGAUACAGGUAUCCAUCUGUUGAGGAUGAUUUGAACAAGAACAGUGUCUGGUUUUCACUCGUUAAACAAUAUCAGUUUGUAGCAUUCAGGCCAUGUAUAAGCCCUGUUUCAAUGCAUUUGGGCUCUUGUUAUGCUCAAAGUUGUUGGGCUCUGAUUUGGUUUCUCAAUGCAUGCACAUGUGCUAAUACCACUGCACUCACUAAAGCCAUGGUAAAGGAGCAAGAUUUUAAUAGUGGAUUAUCAAAGAAAACCAAGUAUGGACCAAACAAACUGCGAGAAGAGCAAAAUCGCGAUUCUGUUGCCGAGUCCUCCACAUUUCAAAGCAGAUUCGAAAACGGGGUUGCGUGCGCUAAUCAUCGUGUGCGCCCAAAAAUUGAAAACCCAUUUUUGAUUUGGUACGUGAAAGAGAAGGGAGACGAAGUGAUGCAAAGGGAAACGGAACGCGGACUCCAAGGCAAAAACAUAAGGCAGAUUUAA